AUGUCUAGGAGGCAAGCAGAUAAACACGCCAAGAUGACGACCGAUCUAGCUGCAGAUAUCUCCCAGAAGACCUCUGGUUUCAUCCAGUCAAGCAACCACAGAGAUCUCCUCGACAUCGUCGACUCGCUCAGGUCUCACGGCGUCAGCCACUACAUCGACCUACCCCAGAUCAUCGUCUGCGGUAGCCAGUCAUCGGGCAAGAGUUCUACUCUCGAAUCCAUCUCGGGCAUCGCUUUCCCCACAGCGGAAGGCCUAUGCACCCGCUUCGCCACCGAGCUCGUUCUCCGCCGCGGCGACAAGCCCGAGAUCAAGGUGCACAUCCAGCCCGGUUCCAACAGGACCAAGAAAGAAAGAGAACACUUGCUGGCCUUCUCCGGGAAGACGAGGGACCACGAUGACUUCCCCAAGAUCAUAGAGGCUGCCAAGGAGGCCAUGGGCCUUACCGGAAGCGAAGGUGCCAAGAUCUUCAGCAUGGACGUGCUACGCAUCGAGAGCACUUCGCCUACAGCGCCUAACCUAACGCUCGUCGACUUGCCGGGCUUGUUCGGCGCCGCCGACAAGAACCAGUCGGACGACGACGCCGCCCUCGUCGAGGAAUUGGUGACUUCCUACAUGAAGCAGCGCCGCAGCAUCAUCCUCGCCGUCAUCGCCGCCGAUAACCCGUUCGCCAACCAGCCCGUGACCAGGUUCGCCCGGAACAUCGACCCGUCCGGCACGAGAACGCUCGGUCUCAUCACGAAGCCUGACAAAAUCGACAUAGGCUCCGAGAGCGAAUCCUACUACUUGGAGCUGGCGCAGAACCUGAACGUAAAGCUGAACCUCGGCUGGCAUGUCCUGCGCAACAGGAGCCACGCCACGGCUAAGGAUAGCAUCAGGGAGAGAGACGAGAGAGAAGUCGAGUUCUUCGCCAAUUCCGUCUGGGCCGCCCUCGACGAAUCCCAGCUCGGCGUCGAAACGCUCAGGACCCGCCUACGCCAAAUCCUAUGGAAGCAGAUCCAGACCGGACUGCCGAGCGUCAAGGUCGAGGUGCAAGCCGGCAUCGCGGACUGCAGGAGCAAGCUGGCGCAGCUAGGAAAGGCCCGCAGCACGCAGAGGGAGAAGCACACGUACCUCCAGCGAAUCAGCAGCCGACUCGCGAAACUGUCCCGCGCAGCCAUCGACGGAGUGUACGCCGACCCGUUCUUCGAGUCCUUCCCCGGCCAGCAAGACGCCUUCGAGAGACGACUGCGCGCCCACGUGCAAAAGAUUCUGGACCGCUAUGCCGAAAAGAUGAGAGUCGACGGCCACGCCUUGGAGGUUGUGGAGGACGAGGAGCUCCCGACGCGAACAAUUGCAAGGCGAUAUAUGAUGAGAUGCGACUAUCUGGCUCUGGUCAAGGAGCUCAUGGUCGAAUGCCGAGGUCGCGAGCUGCCGGGAACCUUCAACCCCCUCGUCGUGGGCGACCUCUUCUGCAGACAGUGCAAGCCCUGGGGACUCAUCACGCAGAACCUGGUCGAGGAGAUCCACGAGGCCGCGGCUAGCAACUUCAACAAGAUCGUCUCGGAGAUCUGCGACGAGAAUACCAGAUCCCGCCUCAUGAAAGGACAUAUCCAGCCGGCGCUGCAUCUCCUCCGGCAAGACCUGAAGGACAAGGUAGAUGAGUUAUUGAAGCCUCACUCAUCCAUCCACCCGAUCACGUACAACGACUAUCUCACGGAGACCGUUCAGCAGAUUCAGACUGAGCGACACGACCGGAACUUUGACGACAUUUCCUUUGCCAUGUGCCAAUAUACGUCUGGGACCGCGCCAGCACUGCCCGUAUCAGUAGCCUUGAGCCAGCUCCUCAAUGCGCUGAAAAAGGGGACCCGGCCUGAUGUCGAGAAGGACACGGCUUCGCUCGCAGCCGACGUUGCCGAGGCGUAUUAUCAGGUUGCCCUGAAGAAGUUUACCGACGACAUUAGCGUGGACGCGAUCGAGGCGUGCCUGAUUCAACGGCUACCAGAAGUGUUCUGUCCUGAUGUCAUAUGGGAUCUGUCACAGGAAGACGUCGAGCGACUAGGAUCCGAGGACGACAACACUGUCAAGGAGCGCAACGAAGUCACGAAGAAGCUGGGCGUUCUCGAGGCAGGUCUGAAGGAUCUAGACGCGUUUACGGCACGAUCUGCCAUUCGCGCAGUAGCAUACGACGAGUCGUGA